UAAGCCAGAGUCCGGUCUGUUUCAGGGCAUUCUCUUCACUCUCCUUGUGUAGAAACGAACCUGAAAACAUGUCUGGAAGAGGUAAAACCGGUGGCAAGGCCAGAGCCAAGGCAAAGACCCGUUCAUCUAGAGCCGGGCUCCAGUUCCCAGUCGGCCGUGUUCACAGGCUGCUCAGGAAGGGUAACUACGCUCAGCGUGUCGGUGCCGGAGCUCCCGUCUACCUGGCGGCCGUGCUCGAGUACCUGACCGCUGAGAUCCUGGAGUUGGCUGGAAACGCUGCCCGCGACAACAAGAAGACCAGAAUCAUCCCCCGUCAUCUGCAGCUGGCUGUCCGUAACGACGAGGAGCUCAACAAGCUGCUCGGUGGAGUCACCAUCGCUCAGGGCGGUGUCCUGCCCAACAUCCAGGCUGUUCUCCUGCCCAAGAAAACCGAGAAGGCAGCCAAGACCAAGUAAACCAACAACAACGUCUCCAUCUCAUCCACAAAG